UAACAGUUCCACAUAACUCUCUCUACUUCUCUGUCUCUCUGAUAUUGGGGGGAGGCUCUCCAUCUGACGAUUUCUGGGUGGAAACACCAUGUUCUUGUUGGAUUGGUUCUAUGGGGUUCUUGCAUCGCUCGGACUGUGGCAGAAGGAGGCCAAGAUCUUGUUUUUGGGUCUCGACAAUGCCGGCAAAACGACGUUGCUUCAUAUGCUCAAAGAUGAGAGGUUAGUUCAACACCAGCCGACCCAGUAUCCGACAUCCGAGGAGUUGAGCAUUGGUAAAAUCAAGUUCAAGGCUUUUGAUUUGGGUGGACAUCAGAUUGCUCGCCGAGUUUGGAAAGAUUACUAUGCCAAGGUGGAUGCGGUGGUUUACCUGGUGGAUGCUUACGACAAGGAAAGGUUUGCAGAAUCAAAAAAAGAGCUGGAUGCUCUCCUCUCCGAUGAAUCACUGGCCACUGUUCCAUUCCUUAUUCUCGGAAACAAGAUCGACAUACCAUACGCUGCCUCAGAAGAAGAGUUGCGCUUCCACCUUGGUCUGAACAACUUCACCACAGGCAAGGGUAAAGUAAACUUGCAAGACUCAAAUGUCCGUCCCCUCGAGGUUUUCAUGUGCAGUAUUGUUCGGAAAAUGGGUUAUGGCGAUGGCUUCAAGUGGCUUUCUCAGUACAUUAAGUAGAGGGCACUACAAAGUAAAGACUAGGCUACUCACUCGUCUUGUUUCCGAUGAAUUCGAGUUUUUUUUUAUUGCUGGAGAUAUUUUUGCCUUUUUUUUUCUUGCUUCUUGAAAUGAAAGAACUUCACAUUCUUUAGAGACAUAUAGCAAUUGUAAAUAAAUGCGGUCCGACAUCCUAGUCAAUAGGGUAUUGGUUUCUACUCA